AUGGAUCCAAAGAACCUACUAAAGGCAGAUCCGCCGCCGCUACCUGGCGGUGUUUCCACGGGCGAUGUGCGUGACUCUAGCACGACGUGGGCAUCUGUGAACAACCCUAGAGACAGCAGCUUGAACGACGAUUUGAUAGUCGGCGGCACUGUUAGCGACUCCGAGGCCGAGCUCCGGCUUGACCAAAACAACGCGAUUCACGUUGACACCUCCGAUGACAGGGUCUACGACACCGAUGUCGAGCAAGACGUGGGUCAUUACAGACUUCCCGCAGAAGGCCAGGCCGCCAGACAGAUCAUGCGCAACCACCUGAACUCGCUGCUACCUCGUGAGCUCGUACAGGAUGAGUUCGGUACCGUCGUUUCUAUGGAUAAGGUGUCCUCCCAGCAUCUUGCAAAGUUGCAAGGCAAAGUCUGGCGAGAGCUCCCGCUGAUGGUGGCUCUGACGGCCAAUGGAGUUGACGGCGAAAUCACCACGGAAAGCAUCAUCGCAGUGCAAUCUGUGUGCUACAUCGCCGAUCUUAUUUCUAAGAUGAACUAUGCCUUUGUCCUUCACCCCCGGUCAAUACAGCCUUGCCACUCAGCACUCUGUCGGCACGUCCACGAGAAGCUCGAGAAGCCCUACUCAGAACACGAGGUCACGUUGGAGCCACUCGUGGACUGGAUGACGCUCGACCCCAUUGCCGACAUUACGUCCCUCUGGUUCACCUUGUUCCGCCGAAACAAAUCAUUGCUACACAAGUUUGCGUUGAGCAAUAGCAAGUUCAUUCCGCGCAACCCUUUGAGGUUUUGUCUCGAGUGCCUGUCAUUCAUGGCCGAUGAGCGCAAUCUGGUAUGGUGCAUGAUUAAGGAGGACCCAGACAUCAUCUAUGCUGAUGUGCCUAUGCCUUGGCUCAUGCCUGGCGACAACAACGAGGACGAAACGAGCGACGACAAGGGCGGCAAGAACAGUACUGAAGACCCUUGGUCAAGCGACUCGGACUCAGGUGACUCAGGCUCAUGCUCCUCGGAAGGCACUGGCGCCCCGUCAAAGCAGGUGGUUAAGAACGAUCCUCAAUCGAUCCCCAAUGUGGAGGGGGCCUUCGAUCUCAUAGCCAAACCUUGCUUCAGGAAGUUGGAAAUUUGGCGUGACCCGAGACCUGCACAACUCCCUCUCCAUCUGCAUGAGGGCCAGCCUACAGAUCACCUAGGGUGGACUAUUGUCAAUCCACCCUCCGCAUCAUCAAGUCCCUCGAACGAAACCGACCAAUUAUCGGUCGACACCGAACGUCGCUUUGGGGCCGAGCUUGAUCCCAAUCUAAAGUUCCAGGGCGGUUAUCCUUUGGUGUCACUGUCAGACCUUGAGACCACCGACUCCGAUAUCGAGACCUCUGAUUCAGAGCCCGAGAUCAAUGGAGCCCGUAACGCCAUCGAGACCACCAGACCCAAUGCCGAGACACCCGUAUGGGAUAUGGACUCAGCAUACGUCCUGAUCCCUGCUACUCGCACGGCUCACAACGCUUUCAGCCACGGAUAUCACACAUGGCCAGCCCCGAAGGAGUCAACAUCCCCAGUGCCAGCCAGGCCUGCCCCGGGAUUCGAUAUCACUCCCAAGGACAUGUACCCUUACCCCAAUCAGCUCAUCUGUUCCUGCAGGCAGCCUGCCAAGACUGACAUUAUUCGGAUCGUGGAGUGCAAGAAAUCCGAGUGCUUCAUUCGUUGGUACCAUUAUGCAUGCCUAAAAGACCAGAAGGAGAAAGGUGCUGCCCGUUUCGGGACUUUCCAAUGCGAGUUGUGUAAGGGUGAAGAGUACUGGGGCAAGGCGCAAGCGCAGUGUGUUACAGAUCUCAGCAUGCCUCCCUCACACAAGCAGGUCGUGGAGGGACUCCUAGGAAUGGGUGGUGCGAGUGGAGCUGGUGAUCCAUACGGCUUUGGUGGUGAUUAA